CAAAAAAAAGCACAGAUGUGCCUUUAUUUUGCAAAAGAAAAAAAAAAAACGUUGCCAGGCAAAGGCCUCUGGCCCUUUCUGGCCCUGAUCCUGCAGGAGCCCGCGGGAGUGCUACAGCAGGAGAACCACAGGCGCCGAUAGCAGGUUAUGUACGAGCCGCCCAGCGCGGCCGGACUCGGUUCCCGGGAAGAGCCUACAAGGUAGCCUCAAAAAAUGCUGCACGGUAGUAACCGAGCAAACGAAUAACAGCGGAAAGUGGGGAGAAUUCUGGCCGGGACGCUGCCGCGGGCGGGAAGCCGUAAGCCGCAUUGAAGGGCAGCAGACUGGGGAGACAGUCCCCCCCGCCCCAUUUCCCUCCUCUCCCCACCGGGCGUGGCCCCUUUAAGGCCGGCGCAGCCCCUUCAAGGCUCGCGUGGCCCCGUGCGCACUAAAAGCGGCGCCGCGACCGCCUCGCACCACUGUGCUGCCGCUGAUUCCGCUGCACCGCACCGCUCCUGCCGCCCGCCCGCCCGCCCGCCACCAUGCCGAUGUUCGCUAUCCAGACCAACGUCUGCAAGGACGCCGUACCCGAGAGCCUGUUGGGUGACCUCACUCAGCAGCUGGCCAAGGCCACGGGCAAGCCCGCGCAGUACAUAGCUGUGCACAUCAUACCUGAUCAGAUGAUGUCCUUCGGGGGCUCCACUGAUCCCUGCGCGCUCUGCAGCCUUUACAGCAUCGGCAAGAUAGGAGGGCAGCAGAACAAGACUUACACCAAGCUCCUGUGUGAUCUGAUCUCCAAGCACUUGCAUGUAUCUGCAGACAGGGUGUACAUCAACUACUUUGACAUGAACGCUGCCAACGUGGGCUGGAAUGGCUCCACCUUUGCAUAGAGCAUUCCCAAUGUCUGAAGAGGCUGCUCCUGGACCUGCUCUCACCCUGCCCCUUAGCAGAGACCACUGCACAAAUGGCCCUCUGUUGCAUUUUGUGCACUCUCAGAGAUCGAUGGCUCCUUGUUAGUGUGUUUAAAUAUUGCUGCUUCAACAUUCCUCCAUUUUCUCUGUGUAGAAAACAAAUAAAGAUUUAGAAGUAA